AUGAGCAAACUUAGAAGUUUGAACCAGGAGUUCAUCUCCAACAUCAAAACACACAAUCUCGUGACUGAUUCGAAGAGGAAUCUAAUCCUAUCCAUAUUGAAAUCAACGACCACUAAGCGUGAAGCUAAGAACUACCUUAACAAAUACCAGAAUCAGUUUGACUUCACCCAAAAGAAUCGUUAUUACAAUCCCUUGCUCAACAAAGAAUCGCAAAGAGAGCUAUUCGUAAAUCGAUUCCUCAACAGACAAAACCCCUUCUCGAACAUAUACAAUGAUGAAGAACUGUAUCCUGAAGAAGAUAUCAAGGUAUCCAAGAUUCCUUUGAGAAUUGCAAUCUUUAAGAUCAAGUUUCAAACCAUCUCAAAAUUCGAAUGGAAGGGCAUCUUUGAGACUUUUAAAAGAUUGAUUCAUUUGGGAAUCUCACCAAUAAUCCUUUUAGAUUACGAAAACACUUCGAUCAGUUCGUUUAAGUUAAGCGAGUCAAAAGUUAAUCAGCAGAUCAAUAAAGCCUACGCUGAUAUGGAUGGACUAGAAGGUACCAAUGGUGGAGGAGAUUUUAAGAUCACUCAUCUAAGGUCGCUAUACUCUGUUAAUCAGUCCAACGAGCUUGUGAUAGACAAUCUAGAAAUGUUAUUGUUGCCACUUUACCAGGACAUUAUCCCCAUCAUCCAUCCGGUCAUUUAUAAUUCCAUUUCAACUUAUCAAGAAUUUACAACUGGUGAUGACGAUUUGCUAAAAACACUUAGUGAGUCGCUUAUGAAUACUAAGGGCCUUUUGAGUAUUGAAAAGAUUAUUCUUAUCGAUCCCAUUGGGGGAAUCCCAUCCGUUGAAAGAAAUCAAACAAGUCAUGUCUACAUUAACUUAUCGCAAGAAUAUUCUGAUAUCAUCUCAGAACUUUUCAUUGGAUAUAUUGAGCCCUCUAAGAGGGAUUUGCAUUUGAAAAAUCUCAAUGUGAUGAAUGAAAUUUUGCACAUGAUCUCCACCAAGUCAGGUAAUGAUGAUACAACAGGUAUUAUAACGACUCCAUACAUAAUGUCCAUCAAUAAUGAUCAAUUAAAUCCAAUAAUUUAUAAUGUUCUUACCGACAGGCCAAUUAUCUCAUCUUCAUUACCUUCUACCAACAACAAUACUCCCAGAUUAUCCACUUCCAUUUUAAAGAAAGGAAUAGACGUUCAAAUCUUUGAUCAGAACAACUAUCAUAGAAAAUUGAACUUCAAGAGCUUAAGCGAUGAUGGCCUAAUUGAUAUGGACAAACUCAUUGCUCUUAUCAAUGACUCGUUUGGAAAAGAGUUGGACGCUGAAAAUUACUUCAAGCGAGUGGAGAAUAACUUGGCCACCUUGAUCAUUUUGGGCGAUUACGAUGGCGCCGCCAUUAUCACCUGGGAGACCAUUGACGACCCGCACUCGAAAGAUCAAAGUGAAAAGAUAAAGGUUGCUUACUUGGACAAGUUCGUUAUAGCCAAAAAGAAUCAAGGCCUACCUAGUUUGGCGGACAUUAUUUUCAAAAUAGUCUUACAAUCACACCCUUAUGAAUUAAUCUGGAGAUCUCGUAAAAAUAAUCCAGUCAAUAAGUGGUACUUUGAGAGAUGCUGCGGCUCUUUGAGUAAUCCGGACUCACAGUGGAAGAUUUUCUACACUGGGGAACUAUUCAAUAAGAAGAUAGACAAGAUGAGGAAAAGAACCCCCGAGUCCGUUGACAUAGGCAAGAAGAUGGUGGAUUACUCGAACAUCUGCGAGGGAAUUGUUCCUUCUUUCAAGUGA